AAAUAAAAACGAGAGUUACAGUUGGCGCAGCGCCGCGGAUGGAGCUUUAUAUUUGGAGCCUGGAGGGAGAAGGAAAUUCAUAUCCCGCUCUUCACAAAAAGUUGCUCUGACUGUAUCGCCCCAAAUCAAAAUCACUCAGCCAUAAAGUUCAAUCGCGGAUGCAGUGAAGCUACUGCACUAAUUGCAGCUGGGGGAUGCAGCAAUUGAAGAGGGCAAAUUGCUGGGGCGGGUUCCUUCUCAUCUUCUCACUUGCUCUUUUCGACUAGUCCUGACGCUUCAGAUCAAAUUUUGAUCUCAACCGGCGCAGUUGAAGUUCGUGGCUUGCGCGUGUAGUCCUUGUGUUGUCAAGAGCACGGCAAUUGAUGUUUUGCUGUUCGUCGUUGCUCAUGUGUUGUUCGUUGAUGGACAUCUAACUCUGUUCGAUGGAGUGGCUUUAGCUUGAAAUAAGAGAAGGAAGGGCCUCUGGGAUUUGCUGUUGUACAUCCAGUCACAUCAUAUUGAGAACAGAACCAGAAAAACAGAGAGAUGAAGUUCAAAGCAUUUCUCACAGACAAUGGUGUAAGCCUCUUAGAAAAAAGGUUUCUCCCUGCCCUAGACAAAAUGGGAAGGAUAUGCCAUGUUUAUCUCACAAAAGACCAUACCAUGUUUCUCCACAACCUUCUGAAUGGUGAUGGGGUCCAAUCCAUUGCCCAGUUCCGCAAAGAAGCUCUAUUUGAUGACUAUCGUAUCUCUAGCCAAAAUGAUGACCGAAUUGCGUUUGCUGUUGAUCUCUCCCUCCUCCAUCAAGCAAUACGUAGUAGUGUCACCAUCUGUGCUGAAGUUGGCAGUGGUGGUGGCACAACAAUGAACCGCCUCCAAAUUAAACUGGUGAAGAAAUUACCACCUAAUUCUCAACAACCAAUGCCCUUUUUGACAUUUGAAACCACGGGUUAUAAAUCUGCAGUCAUCCAAGAUAUACCCAUUUCUAAACCUCUGUCUAGAGCUGAUGUUCUUGAGCUUCAGACUGCGCUUGAUACGGCUCAAGAGCUGCCUCGGACUUUAGUUCAGGUUCCAGACUUAAAUCAAUUACAAAACUUCAUGGAUAGAAUGAAGCAUUUGGGCGAAUUGCUUAAUGUUUCUAUCACGAAGUAUGGGGAUCUUCAUUUGCAGAUUGCAACUACCUUGAUCACACUAGGUGCUGAGUUCCGGAAACUGUUGGUUAUUGGAGAGCAAGCAGAGGCUCCGGUUGGGGAUCAAAAUCUGAGUGCUCAAUCUCGCUCGACAAGGGCAAUCCAGAGAGGAGAGGCCCAAUCUGUGCAAGUGAGCUUGAAACACUUCGUAAAGAGUCUUCAUUGCCACUUGGCAAAGCCAGAUUGUGCUUUCUAUGGGAUUGCUCCGCAGGGUGCUUGCUUGACUGUCAUAUUCCAGUUCUGUAUUCCUGGUUCCCGUCAGACCAACAAAUCAAUUAGUCUGCAUUGCAGGCUCCCUGUACUUGAUACAGGGGCUGCUUGAAGCUCAAUGGAAUUGCCAUCUACAAUCUGUACAACUUUUUUUUAAAAUUGUUGUAAUCUUCAAUUAGACAUCUUUUCUCAUUGUAGGUGGUGAUAUUACAGUUGCAAGAAAUUCCAUGUGCUCUCAUGGUUUAUCUUUAAAGUGUUUACUUUGGAAUUGCAGUAUGCAUACAGUAUACCUGCUCCGUUCAUACA